AUGGUAAUAGCUGACCCUCCUUGGUGGAACAAGUACAUUAGGAGGUUGAAAGUUGCCAAUUCAAAGUUGAGCUAUUCUAUGAUGUACAAUGAAGAAAUUUCAUUAAUACCUUUGAAGAAUCUUCUUGCUAAUAACUGCCUUGUUGCAGUAUGGUGCACAAAUUCACCAAGCAAUGUGAGUGCUGUCAAAGACUUGAUUUUUCCUAAAUGGGGAGUCGAGUAUUUGACUACAUGGUACUGGCUCAAAGUUACCACAAACUUUAAACCAAUUUGUGAGUUUGGAUCUGGUUGUAAGAAGCAGCCAUAUGAGAGAAUAAUUUUUGGGAAAGUUGGUGAUGUAAAGAAUUUUCCAAAAUCACAUUUAGUGAUAAGUGUCCCAAGUGCUUUGCAUUCACAUAAGCCACCUUUGUUGGAUGUUUUAGGACAAUACAUGGAGUCUAAAAAUCCACAAACAUUGGAACUGUUUGCAAGAUAUCUACUGCCAAAUACCACCAGCGUGGGCUUUGAGCCACUAAAAUGGCAACACAUAUCUCUUUAUGAAUCACUAGAUGAUGAUGACAUGGACAAAACAGAUGAAUCUGUAAAAAGAGCAAUAAUUGACCAUCAAGAAUUU